UUAGAGCACAGUGAGCGAAUAGUUUGUAACAGUGUAGUGAGAAUUUGGGCCACAUACAGUACACAGCCUGAUACGCUCGGUGCUGGAGGAUGGGCCGCUAACACCUCACAUCUGUCUGCGGGGAAGAGGAUGGGAAGGCAGGCCGGAAGACACGAGCUCACUCCCUGUGACCAGCGCUGUCUGUCUCGAGCUCCUCUGGAAACAAAGCGAGACUGAACCAAAUGCGGAUUUUACUUCAGCUCCAGUUGUUUAGGUAGCGUUAGCGGGACCGCCGGCUGUCGCACUGUUUGUUAAAAUUACCCAGCUGACGUUAAAUUGUGAUAAAAGCACAUUAGCGUAGCUAACUUGUCUGCUAGAAGAAGUGUUUCCAGAACACGGAGGAGAGAGGAGGACGCGUUUUUUGGGCGGCGAGAUGCACCAUUUGGAGGACUGAGCUUCAGCCGCUCCUGAGCUUCGACAUGGGAGAAUGAAGCAGCAGGUCUUCAUUGUGAUGAAGCAGUGGGUAACAGCAGCAGACAAUGCGCUCAUCAUCACCAUAUGAAUAAAGCGGCGUCUGUCCCAACUUCACCGCCGCUGGCCUGUUUAUCUCCUUACAACAGCUUUUCCUCUCUUGUCUGUCUUGUGACGGUGAUAACACCAUCUGUUGAAUGGCUACAUAUCCAGGGUCUCACAGCCAUGAAGACGGCGCCAUGUUGCGUUGAACUGGGAAUAUCUGCAUCUACGGCGCCAUGUUUAGCGUGAGCUCACCGUCAACAAUGCCUGUUCACCCUGGGGAAGAAUGGUUCACUCCACUACUGUUCCCCUUCCAGAGGCAGGGGACAUUAAUGCCAGUCUCUGCUGCCUCGUUACGGGGCUGCUGAACCUUUCCAAGAGGCCGUCGAUGGAGAACAUCUCCAUGGCGAGUGCUUCCCUUGGCUCCCUGUCAACCCCGGAGCCACUCACGCCGACAGCAGAGGCCCCGGAGAGCCUGCAAGGCAUCAGCCUUCCUCUGCAGGUUUUCUUCUGCUUCAUCAUGGUCGCCAUCCUGCUUCUGGCUCUGUUGGGAAACGUGGUGGUGUGCCUGAUGGUGUACCAGAGAUCUGCCAUGCGCUCGGCCAUCAACAUCCUCUUGGCGAGCCUGGCGUUUGCAGACAUGAUGCUGGCCAUCCUGAACAUGCCCUUUGCUCUGGUUACUGUCGUGACCACCAAGUGGAUUUUCGGAGACGUUUUCUGUCGAGUUUCGGCCAUGCUCUUUUGGUUCUUUGUGAUGGAAGGCGUGGCUAUACUGCUUAUAAUAAGCAUAGAUCGUUUUCUUAUUAUUGUCCAGAAGCAAGAUAAGCUGAGCCCACAGAGAGCCAAAGUGCUCAUCGUGGUCACAUGGGGACUCUCUUUCAUUUUCUCUUUCCCCCUGGCUGUUGGUUCCCCUCCCCUACAGAUCCCUCCCAGGGCCCCUCAGUGUGUAUUUGGCCACAGCGUUGAGCCUGGUUACCACGCCUAUGUAUUGAUACUAUUGCUAGUCUUCUUCUUUAUACCUUUCAUGGUCAUGCUGUACACAUUUAUGGGGAUCCUGAACACCAUCCGCCACAACGCCAUCCGCAUCCACAGCCACCCAGACAGCAUCUGUCUGAGCCAGGCCAGCAAACUGGGCCUGCUGAGCCUGCAGAGGCCCUUCCAAAUGAACAUAGACAUGAGCUUCAAGACCCGUGCCUUCACCACCAUCCUCAUCCUCUUCUCUGUGUUUACAGUGUGCUGGGCACCCUUUACCGCCUACAGUCUGGUAGCUACCUUCAGCGACGGCUUUUACCACAAAGACAGCUUUUUUCAAAUUAGCACGUGGGUCCUGUGGUUGUGCUACCUCAAGUCAGCCCUCAACCCUCUCAUUUACUACUGGCGGAUCAAGAAAUUCCGCGACGCCUGCCUUGAUCUGAUGCCCAAGUACUUCAAGUUUCUUCCUCAGCUGCCAGGCAACACAAAGAGGCGCAUACAGCCGAGCGCAGUGUACGUAUGUGGAGAGCAUCGCUCUGUGGUUUAAAGGAGAAAUCCACCCUCAAACACUUUAACACUGUUAAAAACACAUCUUUACAUAUAGUACCUUGCUGUUCUGGGCCUGUUUUGUUGUUUGGUGGUAUACUUCUUUGAGCAGAUGUUGAGAAAUGAAACAGCACUGCAUUACAAAAGGCCAGAGGCUGCGUUGGUGGGGGCGUGUUGCUACAGGUAGCAAUGAGAAAAUUAAAUACAAUACAGCAAGUCCAGUUUGAGUUUUAAGAGAGUUUUAAGGCUUAUCAGAUACCAAACACCUGUGCACCGUGGUUUAUAAGACCAUUAAACAGGAUUUUACAACUUUGAAGAGGAGCUGGGUAUUGUUUGAAAUAUUCUGAUACUAGUUCCGAUACCCUACCUGAGUUUCAGUGGUAAAACAGUCCUUACUUGAGGAAUACAAAAGCUUGUUUUAUUUGACAAAGAAGCCCAACUUUGUAAAUGUUAAAUGUUGAAACACAAACCACUACAUUUUUGACCGUAUGCCACGGCCUUCUAUAAUAAUGGAACUUGCUCAGGUGUGACCUAUACACAGAACUGCUAUCAUGUGUUACCAAGUUGGUAUAUAUGGUUGGGAGAUUGUAACCCCUGUCCCAGUUCAGGUUAUGGGAUACAGUUGAAAUUUCCAGAAAUAUUUAGUAAGCUAACCUUGAAUUUAGAAUACUUGAUCAGACAUAUGUGUUCUCCCUAGUCAUUGUACUUUUUGAUCAAAAGUAAACCAAAAAACAACAAAUCCGAGCAGACACUUGAUGUCAGCUUCUGGUAUUUGACAGUUUUUGAUAACCAUGCUGCAGACACAAUAUAGUCGGCACUAAAUAGUAUUGAGGUUUUGAUACCCAGCCGUACUCUGGAAGGUUAUAACAAUGAUCAUGUUCUCCUCUAUCUUGAAGAUUGCAAUAUAAAGAGUAGAAUUACGCCGUUCUUAUUACAGAAUAAAUAUUUGAUUGAACAGAACAUUGCAUUGCUGGACACCACUGCAUUAUGGCAAAUGUUGAGUCAGGGUCAACUUUUUUGCUGUAUGACCUAGCAUUUUCUUGCUGCAGCCCACUGCAUUGAAACCCCUUUCAGUUUUUUAAAGUUGAUUAAGUCUCAUUCCCAGGUCAUCUUUAGCAACCCAACGACCUUUGUUGCAUUGUGUGGCUUGCCCUGAGCCUGUUUGUUUCCCAUUUACAGUAGAACAACAGAUAACCCAUGGGAUAUCAAAAAGGUACAAGGCAACUGGACGCACCAUGUGGAAAAUGUUUUGGCCUUUGCUUCCCACUGAAAGGGGAAAAACAUGGCAACUGUUCUAAAAGCAGGACAGUACCAUGCUUCAUUGUUUAUAAUAUUCAGUGGGCAGCAGGUCAUUUAGAACCGCUCAUCAUACAGAAGAUGGUCCUGUUUGUAUCUGCUGGCUCCAUUUGAUUCUCAGUUGAUACACUCAUCUCUCUAAACUGCAACUUCCACAGUAGGGCUGGGUAUAGUUGCAAAACUCUCAAUACUAGUGUCGAUACAAAACCCGAGUCUUGGGACCAGUACCACAGUAAUGCUUUUUUCAGUUCUAACAGAAGAUUUUUACGGAAAUGCAGUCAAAUUGAACACUGUCAAAAUAUUUGAUGUCAGCUCUUGAUACUUGACACUUUUUAAUACUUGAUUCUAUCAACACAUUGCUUUCAGUACAAACGAUGUUUCAGUUCGAUACCCAGCUCUGCUCAGUAGACCAGAUUGUAGUGCAGCAACAAGACAUUUCCUGCUAAGAAUCCAACCUUUAAUAAACUUGCUGUCUUGUUCCUACGCUAUGGCUCUCUCUCCACCUACUCAACCCACAGUACACACUUCUUCUCUGAGGCUGAUACAAUGUCAUUCUGGGUAAUAAAAGAAACCUUAAAGUGAAGUAGACAACUGAAGGAAACCAUAAAAGCAAAUUGAAACACUUUAUAACUCUUUGAAUGCACUGAAUGACUCAUACUGUGUGAAAGUAUAAACGGGUGAAUUUUUCCUUUAAUAUUGUACUUGUAAGAAGAUAAGGCGCUGCUGAGUUUGACUUGACCGUACGUCUUUUCUUGCCACUGAAAACAGUCGUGGGGGAAAGGACGGUGUGUUUUAGCUGCGUAGAAUUUGUUUUAUGAGGCAUGUAAAUUAACAGCUUAAAUGGAAUUUGAAUGUGGUCAGAAAGUGGCCACAACACAUUUGGACGUGUGUAUUUCUGUUUAAAUGUUUUGGAUGUGCCUAUUGAUUAGUCCAUUUGCCAGUCAGAAUGCUGCUAUAUCUGGUGAAAAUGUGCAAUUUCAGUGUACUGUACUGUUGAAUGUAAUAAAGAAAUCGACAUUUCUUACCUUGGUAAA